AUGGCCGCCGACCACCGCGGAUCCUCCGUGGCGCUCUCUCAGCUGCCCAUGUGGGGUCGACCCACGACCGAUGCGACCGAGAAGCUGCGCCCGAGCCAGCUCCUGCACGAGCUCACGUCCAAGAACGCCAAGGGCUCCAAGGGCUCGAUCCCGCGCAUCAUCGAGUUUAUGAACCUCGAAGACCACUCGUCGCAGAGCGCCUCGACCGUGCCCGUGGACCGCCCGCUGUUUGAGCCGAACCCGGGUGCAAUUCUCUUUGACGAGUACAUUCCGUUUAAUACGCACUACGCCAAGCUCGCUCUGCGCAACAACGACACGGUCGCGCGCCGCAUCAAGAUCGAGGCGCCCGACUCGCCUUUUUUCAAAAUCAAAAAGCUGCAUGGCGCCGAGCGCGACGGCAAGGUCGCAGCAGGUAUCGAAGUGGCGUACCAGGUCGAGUUCCUGCCCCAGGAGCGGCGCGAGUAUGCGCUCGACCUCAUUUGUGUCACCGAGCGCGAAAAGUUCAUCGUGCCCGUCCGUGCCCGGGGCACGUUUGCCGCUUUGAGCUUUCCGGACGAAGUCGAUUUCGGCCUGUGCCCCGUCAAAAUCAAGUGCUCCAAAGUCAUGACCGUCCACAACGUCGGCACUCGUGGCGCCAAGUUUGUCUUGACGGCCUCGGCGCCGUUCACCGUCUCGCCCCAGACGGUCUACUUGGACAUUGGGGCUGCGAUCCAAGUCGAAAUGGAGUUUCAUCCCAAGCACACGAAAGAGCGCGAAGGCGAGCUCGCCAUCCAGGACGACAGCGGCCGCGCCUCGUACGUCAAGCUCCUUGGCGACGUGACCAACCUCGAAGUGUAUUUGAGCCACCCGAUGGUCGAGCCGACGCCAGCGUACCUCACGCUGAGCUCGCGCAAGCGCAUCAAGAUCUGCAACGGCAGCGACCACCCGGUCGAGUUUUCCUGGAAGGCCUACGCGGGCGAGAAGAGCGAAGAGACUGAGCGCGCACGGCUCUUGGACGAACUCAAGCGCAUGGAAGCCUCCGAAGUCGAGCAUCUCGGCGACUGCAGUGACGACGAACGCGUCGAUCUCAUGGGCAUUCUCCACCGCAAGUACAAGAAUCUGCGCAAGGCCGUGCUCGACGAUCCAAUGAAUUUCGUGGACGAGUGCUUCUCGCUCGAGCCCGCGAGCGGCAAGAUCUGGGCGCACUCGGACGCAGAGAUCACCGUGACCUUUGUCCCGCACGUCGCCGCCACGUAUGCGGGCACGGCGUUUCUGGACAUCUCUGGUCGCGACACGCGCUUGCCGCUGCAGAUCCGGGGCCGCGGCAUCGGCCCGCAAGCGUGCAUUCUCUACGACGACCUCUUUGACUUUGGCGAC